UGCCGUGCCCGUACAGCGCGGGCGCCGCCAUCUUGUGCACUCCCCGCGCGGUGUGCUGGCCAUGGCGGAGCUGCCGUGCCGCCUGCUGCUCCUCUUCCUUGCGGCCGCCGGGGCCAAUGCCAGUAUAGUGCUGGACGAGGUGCGGCGCUCGCUGGACCUCAGCACGCACCUGGCUAAGAUCUCGGCCGAUCUCAGCCUUGCCAACGCACCCGGCGGCGCAGCCGCCUCCGCUUUCCUGCUGGCUCUGGAGCCCGGGCUGGAGCCCCGCCUGGCCCACCUGGGCGUGCAGGUGAAAGGUGAUGAAGAGGAAGAGAACACCUUGGAAGUGAAAGAGACUAAAGUUAAGGGCAAAAGUGGGAAAUUCUUCUCAGUGAAGCUGCCAUCUCCUUUGGCCCCAGGAGCUAAGGUCCGUGUCUCUGUUGAAAUGGUUUUCACACACGUCUUACAGCCUUAUCCCACCCACAUCACCCAAAGUGAGAAGCAGUUUGUGGUCUUUGAAGGAAAUCACUAUUUUUACUCACCAUAUGUCACCAAGACCCAAACAACCCGUGUCAAACUGGCCUCCAGGAACUUGGAGAGUUACACCAAGCUGGGCAACCCUUCCCGCACUGAGGACAUGAUUGAAUAUGGCCCCUUCAAUGACAUCCCUCCAUACAGCCAGGACACUCUGAAGGUGCACUAUGAAAAUAACAGUCCAUUUCUGACCAUCACCAGCAUGACACGAGUCAUUGAGGUUUCUCACUGGGGUAACAUUGCGGUUGAAGAGACUGUUGAUUUAAAGCACACAGGAGCAGUGCUGAAAGGGCCUUUUUCCAGAUACGACUACCAGAGACAGCCAGACAGUGGGAUCUCUUCUGUCAAAUCUUUUAAGACCAUUCUCCCAGCUGCUGCUCAGGACGUCUAUUACAGAGAUGAAAUUGGCAACAUCUCCACCAGCCACCUUCUUGUUCUGGACGACUCUGUGGAGAUGGAGAUCCGUCCCCGAUUCCCACUUUUUGGGGGCUGGAAAACCCAUUACAUCAUUGGCUAUAACCUGCCAAGCUACGAGUACCUCUACAGUCUUGGUGAUCAGUAUGCCCUGAAGAUGAGGUUUGUUGACCAUGUGUUUGAUGAGCAAGUUACAGACUCUCUGACUGUCAAGAUUGUCUUGCCAGAAGGAGCCAAGAGUAUUCAUGUGGAGAGUCCCUAUGAAAUCAAUCGUGCCUUGGACGAGCUUCAUUACACAUACCUGGACACUUUUGGACGUCCUGUUAUUGUGGCACAUAAGAGCAACCUGGUGGAGCAGCACAUCCAGGACAUCGUGGUUCAUUACACCUUCAACAAAAUGCUGAUGCUGCAAGAGCCUCUCUUGGUGGUUGGAGCCUUUUACAUCUUGUUCUUCACUGUGAUUGUCUAUGUCAGGCUGGAUUUCUCUAUCACUAAGGAUCCAGCUGCUGAAGCCAGGAUGAAGGUUGCCUGCAUCACAGAGCAGGUGCUUACUCUGGUGAACAAGAGGCUUGGGCUGUACCGUCACUUUGAUGAAGCAGUGAAUAAAUACAAGCAGUCACGGGAUAUCUCCACCCUGAACAGUGGCAAAAAGUCUUUGGAGAUGGAGCACAAAGCCCUGACAAAUGAAAUAGCCUCUCUGCAGUCUAAACUGAAGACAGAAGGCUCCGACUUAUGUGAUAAAGUAAGUGAGAUUCAGAAGCUGGAUGGCCAAGUAAAGGAACUGGUCCUGAAGUCGUCAGUAGAGGCGGAGCGACUGGUGGCAGGCAAGCUCAAGAAGGACACGUACAUCGAGAACGAGAAGGUGCAUUCCACCAAGCGCCAGGACUUGGUCUCCAAAAUCGACAACAUCCUUGAUGCGCUGUAACUCUGCUUUAGCAGCUACACAGAGGGGAGAGGUUUGGCAGGUCAUCAACUGUGAGGAACUGGAGCCAGCAGUUUCCCAAAGCAUCACAGCCAACCUUGGGCAGCGAUGUAGGCACUGCCACCAGGGAAUCCAGGCACAAGGGCUCCACUUCCUUUUAGCCACUCAUGGCCAUCUAAACCUGAGACCUGUGGGCAGGGGGAAUCCCAGGCUGACUGAGACUGACCAUCUCCAUUUUCCUGCUGCCUUCAAACAUAGCCAGGCCUUCAAGAGAGGUGGGAGCUGCUGAAGGACUGUCUCUGCUGCUCUUCACAGAAGCUUUUCUGAGCUAGAAAGUUCACUUGCUCAGAGAUCUUGCUGAUCUUGCUUGAAAGUGAUCUUGCUCAGAGAAAAUAGCCUGGGGAGGUUGUUAGGAGUUGGGAGUCAUCUGCCAGGGGAUAUGCAGAACAGCAGAAGGAAAAGCUCAAGUAUAGGAGCAUUUGAGACCCUCCAGCAGAUAACAUCUCACAUCUAAUUAAAUCUGAGCCCUUCUGGGAGUUCGUGUUU